UGAUGGUCGGACGGUAUAGGCCGCGGUCACACUGGAGUGAAAAUUGAUAAGAUUGGCUCGAAAUAAUUUGAUUGCUAUCACAUUAAGCAACCCCGAAGCCGUGGCCAUCGAAACCACACCCAGAGCCUGCCGCGGACGAGUUCACAAAGAUUCCCUGCUUCACGAUGAGCCACCAGCCGGCGAGCAAAAGAAAGAAGCUCGUCGAACUGCCACUGUGCUGCGGCUGGCGGGACUGCCAGGAGAUCUGCAAUGGCGAAUGGAACCUGAACACCCACAUAGCCGAGCACCUACAGACUUAUGCUGCCGAGCAGAACGAUGAUCAUGCCUGCAGAUGGAACGAUUGCAUCUUCCGGACGAACUGUCCCGUGGAGUUCGAGCGUCACGCGUACUAUCACGGCUACUACAGCCAACUGCUGCUCCAGGGCAAGCUCGAGUGCGACCAGCAUCCAGAGAUACCCACCUGCUGUGGCCCCGCCCGCAUGGAGGACAAGCUGCCAGAUCUCAAGCAGAACUUCCACUGCGGCUGGAUGGAUUGCAAGCGCGAGUUCAUCUCGAUUGUGGAAUUCCAGGACCACAUCGUCAAGCACGCCCUCUUCGAGUACGACAUCCAAAAGACGCCCGACGAUGAGCGGCCCAAGACGCAGUGCAACUGGAAUCUCUGCCACAAGCAGAUGGACAACAAGUAUCGCCUCAUCGAGCACAUCAGCACCCAUUCGAACAAAAAGCUCGUGGCCUGUUUUCACUGCGGCGAGGUUUUUCGCACCAAGACUACGCUUUUCGAUCACUUGCGUCGCCAGCCGGAUAACAACACAAACAGUUUUCAGUGCGCCCAGUGCUUCAAGUUCUUCGCAACACAGAAGCUGCUCCGGAGCCAUGUGCUGCGGCACAUCAAUGGCUUCAAGUGCACCAUGUGCGACAUGACGUGCAGCUCGGCCAGCGGCCUGACCACUCACAUCCGGUACCGUCACCUAAAGGACAAGCCCCUGAAGUGUAACGAGUGCGAGAAGCGAUGCGUGCGGGAGUCGGAUCUGGUCAAGCAUGUGGAGAUCGUACACAACAAGACGGUGCACCAGUGCGAGCACCCAGACUGCCAGUACUCGGUUCGGACAUACGCACAGAUGCGGAGGCACUUCCUGGAGGUGCAUGGCAACAAUCCCAUUCUGUAUGCCUGCCAUUGCUGCGAACGGUUCUUCAAGAGCGGCAAAUCGCUGUCAACGCAUUUAAUGCAGAAGCACGGCUUCCUUCUGCCAUCAGGCCACAAGCGCUUCACAUAUCGCGUGGACGAGAACGGCUUCUAUCGGCUGGAGACUACGCGCCUCGAGAGUAUGGAGGUUACCGAACAGAUCCUCUCACCGCAGUCGCAUUUCGGCAUCCAUGAUGGGAAGCCGUCGACGGGCAGCUGCUACGAGAUUGUGGACCCAACGAACACCGAGUUCGGUCGCAUCAUUGUUUCCAACGAUCCGGACGAAGCCCAACUAGUGGGCGAGGUGAUCAUAUCGCUCCCGACCCUCACUGACGAGCUUUGAGGCUCCAAACACUCCACAAAACAAUUUGAAAAACUCAUCAUGCUAUGCAAGGGCUGUUCUCAUCUCCAUUGUCAUACCCAUAGAUUACUAAGGAUGCUAUUUCUACUCAUGCCACUCCCUGCACGUUUUUAGUCCUAAGUUCAAUGUCAAGUGUCCCCUCCAAGUGUUCAGAGAAAUCCAAUCUCUGAUUUGUAUUAACCGUCUUUCUGAUCUCGUGCCCUGGCACAAAACCACAAACUCAAAUCAAUGUAGAUCCUAGCCACAGAUAUUCCAGCAAAGGAUGAAUGUCCUUGCUGGUCUCCCAUUAUGCCAUUUCCAUUGCUAGAGGAGUCUGUGCGUCUGCAUGCCUGUGCUUAUUCUGAUUAAGAUUCCCAGCUUAACUCACAUUUCAAUCGAUUCAGUGUACAUUUAACUUUUAUUCUGAACCAUUUACGAAUGUCUUCAGUGGCGUUGCUUUACGUCUUUACGGAUUAAGCUAUGCAUAAAAAACCAAUAAAAUUAUAUCAAGCCAAGGAUAAAACAAGGCCAAAUACAGUCAAUA